AUGAGUCGAAACUAUGUACGACGACAAAUAUCUAGUGGUCGAAGAAAAUCAACAACAUUACCCGUCUUCCUUCACGAACAAGAAGAAAUUGAAAAUGCUCGUCGUUUAAGUACUUGUGCUAGUCUUCAACGAAGAUUAUCAACUAUUUCACAAAUAGUUUUACCACAUGGAGAUGAAUAUCAUCCACAACAACAUGUACCACCUUCAGGUCCUGAAGCUCCACAAUCAAUUUUAGUAAGAUCUACAGACGAUGACAAUAACGUAUUCCCUUCACGUCGAUUAUCAACAAUAUCACAAAAAUUUAAUGCUCUUGAUGAAUCUUUUACUUCAAGUGAAGUACAUAAACAAGAAAAAUUAAAUAAAUUUCAUCGAAAAUUUUUAUUUAUUAUUGAACCUAUUCUAAGUGGUAUAUUCAUAUUUCCAAUACUUGUUUUAUUUUGGGAAUGUGGUUGGAAUUUAAUUUUAAUACUUUUAAAUCGUUUAAAUGGAUUUCCAUCAAAUUUACAUUUAGAUGAAAUUACUCAAGAAGAUUUUGAAUCCUAUACAUUUCUUUCAUUAUUUAUUCCAUAUUUAAUAACAGAAAUUAUACUUUUAUGUUAUUAUCUUGGUCAAGAUUUUUUUCAUGAAUUUUUAAAAGAAAAACAUUGGUUUAUAAAAACGAUUCUAUUAAAAUUUCAUAUAUUUCUAUUAGCAUCACUUUAUAUUGUUCAAUGGGAAAUGUUAUGGACUCUAUGGGAUCAAUUUACGCCACAUGAAACAUAUUUUGAAGUAACAUUAUCAAUAGCAGCAAUAUUUGCAUUAAUUGUUUUUAUUGGACAUUUAUCGGAUUUAGUUUGUUCACCAUUUCUUUUUAGUUAUGAUUCAAUUGAAUAUUGUAUUUAUUUUGGUUGUCCACUUCUGACACGAAAUAUGAAAAUAUGGAAAAUAAAUGUUAUUAAUUAUAUAUUAUAUGAAAUAAUUAUUUCAAAUUUAUCAAUAAUGAUAUGGAGAGGUUUUUAUCAUAUUCUUGAUGAUCAUUUUUAUCCAGAUAAUUUAACAUUAUCAGCUGGUCUUUGUUUAAUUAUGGGUUAUAUACUUUAUUUUCCAUUGAUGUAUUUUCAAAACUAUUUAGAAGAAUUAAAUUUAAAAUUUGAAUUUUGGACAUUUGUUUCAAUAAAUUUUCCACAAUUUUAUCGAAAUAUUCGUCAUUUAUUAGCAUUUUUUUCUUGUCUAUUUACUUGGCGUGGUUUUUGGGUUUUAUAUGAUACUUAUAUAUAUAUAUAUGAUGAUUAUUAUAUAACAUACCUAAUAUUUUAUAUUGUAUCAUUUAUAGUAUUAUGUAUUUUUCAAACAGCAUCAUCAACAAAUGGUCCAUUAAGUAAUAUGGAAGAUGAAAAUAAUUUUUUUCCACUUUAUCCACAUUGUUAUAUAUCGAUUGUUCAAAGAAAAUUAUCUCGACUUCCAUGUUUUCAAUCAAAAGACGAAGAAAAUACACACCUUUAA